AUGGCUUCACCCCCUCCAUCCGCCCCUACAGAUCCCGUGCCCCGAUUCAAGGUGGGCACCACGGCCUGCGUCCGCUGCCGUCAGAAGAAGAAGCGCUGUGACCGGAAACUGCCCAGAUGCCGCCCCUGCGAGUCCGCCGGCGUUGAAUGCUACGGCUUUGAGCCCGCAGCUAAUCGACAGGUUCCACGAGGCUACGUGCAAAGUCUCGAGGAGCGUGUGGCGUUUCUAGAAUCCAAGCUGCGAGAUGCCGGUGACCCAGAGGAAGAUCUCUUAGACCAACAGCCCUCGACCGCCGCUCGAGCCCCGGCAAGAGCAUCGGAAUCAUCCGCUUUUGCCUAUCUCCUAGAAGCAGCAGCAGGAACCUCACCUGAGACUACAAGCUCACACUCACAUGCUGUUCUAAAUGAUAUCACGACACGGCCUCUCGAGGCCAUCCGUGUCCUCGAGCAAGGGGGGGUUGCAAAACCAGAGGCCGAGUUCUCCAAACUUCUAUUGCGCGGCCUACUCCUUGCCAGGCCUUCUCAUUGCCGGGGUCAGCAAGAGCAGCUACAACAACCUACAUCUCACUUUGUUGAUAAUCUCAACACUGGUCCUAGUACCCUUCCCGCGAAAGAGGUCGCAGAAAAUCUCACCAGAGAGUUAUUCCUCUCCGCCAACCUUGGCAUGCCGCUGUUGCACGAGCCCACCUUCACGAAAAAGCUAGCUCUAGUAUACGAGAUGCCUCACGUAAUCGACCUCACUCUAACCCAUACCACCUCCGUUUCUAGAGUUGCCGUAUUCUUUGUCCUCGAAGUUUUCGCCAUCGCCCUUUUGACGAUGCAGAAGCAAGAUCCAGCCAGGAUUCCCACAUCCGUGGCUGAUCGCUACCAUCGGGGCGCUGUUUCAGCCCUGAUGGAGGCUGGCUUGCCCGAAGGUGUCGAGGGAGUGCAGGCGCUUCUUCUCAUCGGGCAAUAUUUCUACUUUCACCCAACUCUGUGGACCGUAUGGAACACUGUCGGUGCAGCAUUCCGGCUUGCUGUCGAGCUAGGACUUCACCUUGAUCCGACGCCAGCCGAGUCCCCAGACGCAUUGACGCUCGACAUCCGGCGUAGAACUUUCUGGGUAGCCUACUCCAUGGACCGCAACAUCUCCAUCUCUCAGGGGCUCCCUUCAUGUUUGUCAGACGGGGCCAUCGAUGUCAAGUUCCCCAGUGAAGUCGACGACCACCUGAUAAAACCAGAAGGAAUCGAGACGACCGACGAGAAACUAUCCGGCUCCAAGCUGGUAAGCAUCCACCUGUUCAGAUACCGCCAAAUCCAAUCUGAGAUGCGGAUGGUCCUCAACGAAAAGCCCCCACCGCCGUACGGCCCGGUCAACAUGGAGCAGUGGCAGCAACGAAUGCGAGACCGCAUCAACAGGUGGUAUGAAACGAUCCCCCGCAGAGACAGGCUCAACGCCCGCGACGAAACGGUGAUUGAGACCUUCGAACUCACCUACCACACCGCGCUGGCGUACCUCUACCGCCCGUCACCCAACAACCCCGAGCCUUCAGGGGCACAGCUGGUUGCCAUGACGCAGUCCGCGAUCAGGAUCAUCCAGCUCAACAGGAAGUUCUUCCUCGAGAAGAAACUCACCAUCUACUGGCAGGCGGUAAACAACCUAUACUCGGCAGGCACGGCCCUCAUGUACGGAUACGUCACCUCCGCCCAGCUGCGAGAGUUCAUCGGGUUCCGCUCCUUCGAGUCCACCCUACACGCGUGCUCCUCGGUGCUCUGGGGGAUGGUGGAGCGCUUCCCAACCUUCCAGUUCAAGCGCGACGCCUUCGACGUUGCCGUGGCGGCAGUGCUGGCAGAUCUCAACGAGUCGUCUCAGGGGGGAGGCGGAUUGCGAGACUCGCCGGCCACGGCUCGCACGGAGGGAACGAGCCCAGAGCUCCAGCAGUCACCAUGGCUUUCACCUGAAACCAUGGCGCAUGAGACUGCGGUAGAGGAUGCGCCGGCGAUGCCAUCGACGGUCAUGGACUUGGUGGAUUUGACCAUGCUGUGGGAGGCAACCGAGGACUUGAGUGGUAUUCCGGCCUCGACCUGGAUAUAA